UUAAGUUUAUAAAGACUGACUGAGCCUUUGGACCAGUCGCAGUUAUACUUCCAGCUUAUCUGGUUGUAUUUUAAACGAACUUACGUCAAUUGAUAUCGACCUAUUAAUUAUUAAGAAAACAAAAAGAAUUAAAUUAAAUAAUUAAGUAUUAUAAAUUAUAAUAAUUUAUAUAUUUAUUUAUAAUCAUAAGUUCUAUUAACUCAAAGUGAAAUUACGCAGAUUGUGAUAAAUAUAUUUAAUUUAUUAAUAAUUAUGAAAUAUGAACCUUGAAAAUUUAGUGAACCUUGAAAAUGGAGAUGAAAUUAAUGGCCUGAUAAACGAGUCGUCCUUGAUUGGAGCGAUGGUUCAUAUUGAAAGUUCUCAGACCAAAAAUUUGAUUAAACAGCAACCGAAUGCCGGCAGUAUUAAUAUUGACUUCAGAGAUUUAAAUUAUUCUGUACGUGUCAGUCAAAAAGGAAAAUGCAAAAGAGAAAUUUUGCGGGCUGUAAGCGGUUAUUUUCGCGCGUGUUCUUUGAACGGAAUAAUAGGACCAUCUGGAGCGGGGAAAACAAGUCUGCUGAGUAUCAUCUGUGGAUUCAAAAGCUCAAACAUUCGCGGUAAUAUCUCAGUAAAUGGGAUUAAAGUUGAUGCAGAUGUUUUGCGUAAACUCACGUGCUAUAUUCCACAAGAGUUUGAUUUAUUGCCAUUACUUACUACUCAAGAAACUUUGUACUAUUCAACGAGAUUGAAAGUUUCGAGGAAUAUUCGCACGUGUCAAGAUAUUGUGAAUGAAGUAGCGGAAAAAUUGGGAUUACUAGAAUGUCUAGGAACGAUGGCUGCAAAUUUAAGCGGGGGAGAAAAAAAACGCCUGUCGAUUGGAGUAGAAUUAGUCACGAAUCCUCAGGUACUGAUACUGGAUGAACCAACGAGUGGGCUGGACUCAGCAGCUUCAUGCCAAGUGAUCAGUUUGAUUAAAAAAAUGUCACAGUCCGGGUGCACGAUAAUCUGCGCGAUCCAUCAACCGAGUAGUCGAAUAAUGACGAUGUUCGACAACGUCCUGGUGCUCGCCGAUGGUCGCGAUCUUUACUGCGGACCUCAGACUAGUAUUGUAACAACUUUCGAACAAGCGGGAUUCACUUGCCCGUCUUUCUACAAUAUCUGCGAGUUUGUGAUUGAAGUCGCGACGGGACAACGCACUGGCGACUGCCAAUUGCUGAAGAAAUUCAAUGGAGAGUUUUAUUUGUCUUUCUUGAAGAGUUUGAAAGAUAGUUCUCAUAACAAGUCGAUUGUUCUACCGAUCAAUGAUCUCUGUGAUAAAAAAGAGUAUGAUAAAAAGAACUGUUCAUUACCGUGGACUAAUGAACUUCAAGUUCUUCUUUGUCGUGCUACGACAUGCGUUUGCCGUGAUAAUACCAUGACUAAAUUAAGAUUAUUAUCUCAUAUAGCAAUUGGGCUACUACUGGGUCUUGUUUUUCGUGAUUUUGGUCAAGAUGCCAGCAAAACACCCAGUAAUAUUGCUAGUUUAUUUUUUUUCUUAUUGUUUUUAUUUUUCGCCAAUGCUAUGCCAGCAGUACAAAUGUUUCCCAUCGAAGCCGCAGUCUUUGCCCGAGAGCAUUUAAAUAAUUGGUACAGCCUGUGUACUUAUUACAUCUCAAAAAUAAUAACCGACCUCCCACUACAGAUUCUAUGCCCAACAUGUUUUCUAAUAAUCGCCUACUGCUUGACCGGCCAACCCUUGGAAUGCGACAGAUUUAUAAAAGUAUGGCUGAUGUGCUUCCUCAUAUCUAUUUUGGCCCAAUCAUUUGGAAUCCUCGCUGGAGCAGCAUUCAAUACCCACGUCGGCUGUUUUCUUGUGCCAGCUCUCAACAUUCCCAUGUUUCUAUUCGCAGGUUUUUUCAUAAAACUCUCCGAGAUAUCGUCGUACUUUUAUCCCUUAUCAGCAAUCAGUUUCUUCCGUUACGCUUUCGAGGGAAUAAUGCAAUCGGUCUACGGAAAUGACCGCCCAAUUUUGAACUGCACGACUGACUUUUGUAUUCUCCGUAAGCCGAAAUUUAUUUUGUCAUACAUGGACAUGCCUUCAACGACAUUUCCGGUAAUAAUUGUCAUACUUUGCAGCUGGAUUUUAAUUAUUCACACGUUAAUUUAUCUGGUUCUAAAAUGGCGCAUAAUUAAUGUUUUUAAAUAA